AUGUCGACUCCAAGUCCACUCGUAGGCGUAGCCGCCGCACUUGCAUCACAACCCCCCACACGUACAGUGUUCUCACAAUUCUCACUCACCGGUAAGGUAGCUUUGGUCACUGGGGGCGGGCGUGGGAUCGGACUCGAAGUAGCGGCGGGCUUCGCAGAGGCAGGCGCUACCGCUUAUUGCCUGGACCUAUCGAAACAACCCGACGAUGACUUCGUUACUGCGCAAAAGUUCGUUGCGCAGAUGCCCCCGCUUGCAAACAACGUGAAGAACGGACGAAUCGAGUAUAUCAGCGGCGACGUGACGGAUCAGAAGCAAAUGUGGAAGGUCGCUGAAGAUAUCGUGGCAAAAGAAGGGAGACUCGAUAUUUGUUUCGCAAAUGCAGGUAUUCUUGCAGGUGCAGAUUGCCUCGAGUAUUCAGCAGAGGAUUUUACAAAGAUACUAAAUGUCAAUGUGAAUGGCGUACUAUACACUGCACAAGCAGCCGGAAGGCAGAUGGAGAAACUGGGGAUUCAAGGGAGCAUCAUCUUGACUGCAAGCAUGAGCGGAAGUAUCUCUAAUCAAAACCAAAAAUGGGUCGCGUAUACGACGAGCAAGUCCGCUGUGAUCCAGAUGGCUCGAUCGAUGGCUUGCGAGCUGGGGCCAAAGGGAAUCCGAGUGAAUUCGCUGAGCCCAGGAUACAUAUACACCAAGAUGACGAAAGCGUUCCUGGAUAGCCACACCGACUUGAUGGAAGAGUGGUGCUCCCAGAACCCUCUUGGCAGGCUGGGCCGACCGGAUGAACUGAGGGGAGUCUGUCUAUGGCUUGCGAGCGAUGCUUCGACCUUCUGCACUGGCAGCGAUAUCAUUGUGGAUGGUGGGCACCGCGCAUGGUAA